AUGGAAGAUUGGAAACCAAAAUUAAAAAUGAUUUUUGAUAGCAUUGAAGAUGCUUGGAAGUUUUGGGUUAAUUAUGGCGGAAAGAUUGGAUUUGGGGUGAGGAAACAAUAUUCUCACAAGAACAAGAAUGGUAUAAUUACUUCUUACAAGUUUGUUUGUUGUAAAGAAGGUAUACGAAAACCAGAUAAACGAGAUUAUAAAACGAUCAAUCCAAGGCCGGAGACCAGAACAAAUUGUCAAGCAAGGUUAGGAAUUAAGAAUAUGGAUGGUAAGUUUAUGGUCGUUGAUUUUGUGGAAGAACAUAAUCACAAUUUACAUUUACAAGAAACAACUCAUAUGUUGCCAUCUCAAAGGAAAGUCUCUCAAGUUCAAUGUCAACAGAUUGAUCUAGCCGAUGACGCGGGAUUACAACAAAGGAAGUCAUUUGACUUGAUGAGUAAAGAAGUGGGGGGUAGAACUAAUUUGGGAUUUAUUCGUCUUGAUCAAAAGAAUUAUCUUCGGAAAAAAAGGCAAAGGAGUAUGGUACAUGGAGAAGCCGGUUAUCUAUUAUAUUUUGGUGAUGUGAUUUCUCUUGAUUCAACAUAUUGCACAAAUAGUUCACAUAGACCACUUGCAGUAUUCUCAGGGUUUAACCAUCAUCGUAAAGUUGUGAUCUUUGGAGCUGCAUUAUUAUAUGAUGAAACAAUUGAGUCAUACAAGUGGCUCUUUGAGACCUUUUUAGAGGCUCAUAAGCAGAAAAUGCCACAAACAGUUUUUACUGAUCAAGAUCAUGCGAUGGCAAGAGCACUAAUGGAGGUUAUGCCUGGAGCUUAUCAUGGCUUAUGUACUUGGCACUUGAUGCAAAAUUGCAUCAAGCACUUAGGAAAUUUAAUGAAAGAUGGAUCUCAUUUUCUAAGUGACUUUAAGAAGUGCAUGUAUGAAUAUGAAAAUGAAGACCAAUUUGAAGAAGGUUGGAGAAAUCUCCUUGUAAAAUAUGAUGUGAAAGAAAAUACUUGGUUACAAAGAGUGUACACUAUAAAAGAGAAGUGGGCAUCAUGUUACAUGAAGAAAGUUUUUACAUUAGGUAUGAGAAGCACUCAACUUAGUGAAAGUGUGAAUGUGGGUAUUAAAGGAUUUAUGAAUGUGAACUUGGAUAUAAUCAAAUUUUUCAAGCGCUUUGAGGAUGUUGUGGAAGAAAAACGAUAUAGUGAAUUAAAGUGUGAAUAUGAAGCGCGACAAAAGAUUCCAAGACUAAGGAACUCAUAUUCAAAAGUCUUGCAACAAGUGUCUGAGAUUUAUACUCCUAGUAUUUUUGAUCAAUUCCAACACGAGUAUGAGUUGUUUGAAACAUGCUCUGUGAAAAACAUUGAUAUUCAACCACCGUUAAUUGAUUGUGUUAUUAUCAUGGAAAGUAAUUUGGGUGAGUGGCAAGUGUCAUUUGAUUUGAAUAAGAAUUCAAUUUGUUGCUCUUGUCGUAAGUUUGAGAGUUUCGGCAUACUUUGUUGUCAUUGUUUAAGACUAUUUAUUCACAUGGAUGUUAAAUCAGUUCCAGAACAAUAUAUCUUAAAAAGGUGGACAAAGUUAGCUAGAAGUGAGACUUCACGUAAUGUUGAGGUUAACUAUGUGGUGGAAGAUGUUGACUUAUCCCCAGCUCAACGCUACAAGGAGAUUUGUCCUCGCCUUAUUAGGAUAGCCACUGAAGCGUGUAGAAAUCCAGAAGCAUUCAGUUUUCUUUGCAAAAUCACUAAUGAAUUGGAUAAGCACAUACUCAAGUUUCAAAGCAAUCCAAUAAGUAGUUCUCAAGUGAAUGAGUUUAUCGGUGGAGUUAAAGAGUCUACUAGCAACCAUGAUGAUUUGACACAAGCAAAGGGAUUCAAAAAGAGAGAAGGCAAAAGGAGUUCAAAACGUCCAAAAGGCUGGGUAGAGCGCCAACCUCCCAAAAGAAAGAAAAAUAUUGGGUGUGAUUCACAACUUCACGGAAAAGAAAAAGACAAUGAAAUAGGUGAUUCACAAACACAAGUUCAAUAUGAGGUGCCCAAUACAAGUGCAUCUGUUUGGCUCAAUAACUCUUACAAUAUACCAUCCAUGGAAAAUAAUAACACAAGUCAAUUUGGUACCAUUAGUUUUACUAGAUUAUUGAUGGAAAAUCUUCAUGGAGAUGCUUCAGCAUUAACCAAUUCAUAG